UUCCCUACUUUCAUUUCUAAACUCUAUCACAAACAAAUCAACAUAUAUGGGAAAAGAAUGGGGACUAACCCUUGAUUUAGAACAACACAAUACAAGCUUAAUCCAAUCUUCUUCAAACUUGGUUUCUUUGACUCCUAGACUAGGAGGACCUACUACCAUGUUUCAAUCUCACCAGUUUCCGGUCACCGGCGCCGGAGAACAAGAUAGUACUGCUGUAGUACCCUCCUCCACAUCUGAUCGGAAAAGAUCUUUGGAGGUCGACUUCUUCUCACAUCAAUCCAAAUCAGAUCUCCUUCGUCACCAUGUCAAGAAGGAAAACAAUUUAUCAAACCAAGUCAAUACUGGUUUGCGUCUCCUUACAUCUCAUGCACGAAGUGAUCAAUCUACGGUGGUGGACGAGGGGAUUUCAUCUCAUAAUAACGAAGAUAAACAAACAAAACGCGAGAUAGAGAUAUUACAAAACGAGCUAGACAGUGUGAAUAUUGAGAAUCAGAAGCUGAAAGAGAUGUUAGCCCAAGUCAAUUACAAUUACAACGCUCUACAUAUGCAUCUCUCAGUUAUGCAAAAGCAGACCGAGAUUAAAGUUGAUGAAGAUAAAUCACAAGAAGAAAAAGAAUUAGAAGAGAAGAAGAAACAGUCGUCAAUGGUGCCAAGACAAUUCAUGGAUAUGGGUCCUAGUAGCAUAACUGGUCAAGAUCAGGAUCAUCAUCAUGAACCGUCCACUAAUAUUUCUUCGUCGGAAGAGAGAACGUUAUCUGGGUCAACCCCUCCAAACAGGGCAGAUCAAUUAGUAAUGACGAAGAGAAAUGGAAUUAGAGAUGAAAGUCCUGAAUCGGAAGGUUGGAGUGGUCCUAACAAGCUUCCUAAACUCAACUCAUCCGGAAUUAAAGCUAUUGAUCAAGCUACCGAAGCCACCAUGAGAAAAGCUCGAGUGUCUGUCCGCGCCCGAUCAGAAGCAACCAUGAUCAGCGAUGGAUGUCAAUGGAGAAAAUAUGGGCAAAAGAUGGCAAAAGGAAACCCGUGUCCACGGGCUUAUUAUCGUUGCACUAUGGCAGUUGGUUGCCCGGUUCGUAAACAGGUACAAAGAUGUGCAGAAGACAAGUCAAUCCUGAUAACAACAUACGAGGGAACUCAUAACCACCCACUUCCACCGGCCGCAAUGGCUAUGGCAUCCACAACCUCGGCUGCAGCCAGUAUGUUACUUUCCGGAUCAAUGGCUAGUGCAGACGGGCUAAUGAACCAGAAUUUUCUAGCCCGAGCGAUUAAUCUUCCUUGUUCAACAAGCAUGGCCACUAUUUCUGCAUCGGCCCCAUUUCCAACCGUCACGUUAGACCUCACACACUCUCCAAAUCCCGCACCUUUCCAGAGGCCGUCGACUACUCAUCAGUCACAAUUUGCCGGUCAUGCCCCGAGCUUCCCGGUCAUGGCCGGUGGUGGUACGGUCCAACAGGCUUAUAAUCAAUCAAAAUUCUCCGGCUUGUAUAGCUCUCAAGAUUUGAAUCAAGCGUUAGUUCAACAGUUUCAACAACAACAACAACCGUCUAACAACACGUUGAUGAUCGGUAACAGUACACUCAGCGCUGCCACUGCCGCCAUAACAUCUGAUCCGAACUUCACCGCCGCUUUAGCGGCGGCCAUCAGCUCUAUUAUCGGCGCCGGAGCAAAUCAAAACGCAAUUCGAGCAAUGGAAACAAAAUCAACGAAGGAGAAUUGAUCGAUCGAUUGAUUGAUUAAUGAGUUUUAUUUAUUUUUUUUCAUUUGUUGUUUAUGAUUCAUUUGUUUUUUUUCUAUUUUCCGGGAUCAAAUCAUGUCCAUAUAUUGUGGGCGGGGGAUAUCACAAUUUCACAAUACACAAUUCACACAUACAAACACAAAAAUGUACGUUAAUUUUUUUUGUUUUUAUCUCUUAAUCAUAAUUUAACUUGUUUUCUGUA